AUGCAAUCUUUUGAGUUUGUUUUGCUUAUAAUUAUUUGGGAAAAUGUUUUGAAACCAUUAUCUGUGGUAUCCAAGAUGUUACAGUGCUCACAAACCAGUAUCCAUCAAGCCAGUGAGUUUUUGCAAAUUAGUAUUAACUCAAUUAAAAAUAUGAGAUAUAAUUAUAAAGAACUGGUAGAAUCAGCAAAAAAUAUGUGUUUAAAAUUGGGAAUACAAUUUCAGAAUGAAAAUAAACGAAAAAUUUAUUCUAAAAAACUAUUUGGUGAAGUUGAUGGUGACAGGAGAUUGGAUAUUACAGAGAAAAAUUGUAUGUUUCAGUAUUUUUACCAUUAG